AACCUUACACUGAAAAAAAUGAACUCCAACUAAGUAGCAUUUUCUCUUAGUUGGCGUUAAAAUAAUUGAAAUGACCUUAUUAUUGUUUACUGAAACCAAAACCAUGUAGUUGUAACAGAAACCUGAAUAUGUUUGAAGUUACACACAAGUAAAUUGUUGAUGUAAUAAAAACUUUUUAUAAACACAACUAAUACUUUUUUGAAUUCAUACACUACACUCGUUAAAUUAGUUAUUUUCUAUAAUUUACACUUGCAAAGACUCUGUGCAUGCAUUAACCAUUUAUGUCUAUUAUAUUAACGAGGCGCAAAGUUAAAAUAAUAACUGGAUAUGUUACAUUAAAGACGCUAUGAAGUAGAACAAAACAAGACAAAAUGUAAUAUCUACCAUUUUCUUUAGUAGCACCAAUUAUUUAGUAUUUAGUCGUAUUAAUUAUUUACAAUGUUACUGCAAAUAAUUUAUGUGGUAUAUAAACAAUGUUGAUUAUAAAAUUAAACAUAAUUAAGUUAUUGUUUGAAUAAACAUAAUGAUAGCAUUUACAAAUUAUAAUAAGUUAUUUUAAUCAUAUAAAGUGAUAGUUGUGUUCAACUAGGUACGUUAUACCUAACAAUCUUCUUAGUAGAUUCAAAUAAGAUUUGACUGAAACUAAUAAGAGCGAGUCCCCCCACGCGUCUCCCUUCCCCCGCGCGCGGCGCGUCUCGACUUGCCGUCUGCCGCCACGCGCAUUUUCCGGCGACGCUUCAAUAGCGCCACAGCUCUGAGCAUUGUGAAGUGGAGUUCUGCCUCUGGCAACGCGAGCGCAGCCUGAAGCCUCUAUUUAGUGAUCCGCUUACUGAUACUUACGUAUUGAUAGUGAUUUUGUGUUGUUGUGGUCCAGUCAGAAAUGGAUGACGUUGCCGAACUUUUGAAGACCUGGGAGCUACACGACUUAGUACCAAUUUUUACAGAACAGCGGAUGACAAUCCAGGCGUUAUCGGCUCUGACUCGAGAGGACUUGAAGGACCUUAUUCCGCAGGCAGGACCAAGGGUGCUAUUUACAAGGUGUUGGCGUUCGUGGAAAAAUGAGUUUUUGCCAAUAAACGAUACUAGUAUACCAUCUUUUUCGGGCCUGGAUUUGUCAAACUUGCAGUUUGAUUGCUUGAAGGAAACUGACGAACUAUCUGAAUGUGUUGUAGAGGUAAUACCAUUAGACAACCCUGAGACAAAAGAAAAUACUGCAAGUACAACAAGUCAUCAACAAUUAGGAAAAGGAACUCAAACUGGGAUACUUGAAAAUUUAUUGAAACAAUCACUCGAAACUUCUUCACUUCUGAUUUAUAAAGGCGGUAGCUUAGAUGGAGAUGCUACUAGAAAUUUAUUAGCGUCUGUGAUUGCCAAAGAAAUAUUAAAUGAGAACAAAAAUUCACCAAUAGUUGGUCAAAUUUAUUUCAAGUGGACAAAAUUGAUAAGUGAACUCUUUCCGGGUGAAAGGACCACAACGUAUUAUAUCCCUGCAUGUACUACUGCGUCUGGCGCAGUUCUUCAAGCAAGAGGCAAACUCGUACAUCAGGUACUGAACAGAAGGAGGCGGUUCCAACAAUUAGGAUCCUUGACAACAAAAAAAAGAAACAGAGAAGAAAGCCCAGGACCAUCUUCUUUAUCACCAAGACCAAUGCCAAGAAUAAAGAAUAAAUUUAUUGUCAUAAAAACCUUAGUUGGUAAACAACUAAGGUUUUUAUGACAAUAAACAACAUUAAGGUUGAGUCCUCCUAUUAGGUAUUAAUGUAAGUAAGUAUUGUAAAGAAAGAAAAAUAAAGA